AUGAGCUUCCCAGACAUCUCUGGCACGCCAUUGUACGGCGUAGCGGAGACGGCCUUCAAGUGGUUAUUCUACGGCUUCGUGGCCUACUGUAUCGCUGACGCAGUCUCAACAUGGCAACUUGUCAACACCCAGGCCGAGCACCCCCUCGUGGGUAGCCCCCUCGCGCUCGUCCCCAGGUUCAUCCUCAACCUGCUGUACUCAUGGCGAUCGACCAACCUGGCCCAAAAGGGCUACGACAAGUACCCCUCCAAGCCGUUCCAGCUGAUCCGUAGCGAUGGCCGGGUCGUGGUGUUGCCCAUCAAACUGCUGGACGAGGUUAGCCGGAUACCGAGUCACAUCGCCGAGUCGACGGCGGCUCUCGAGCGGGACCUACUCGGCUCGUUCACGGGCGUCGGCUUGAUUCUUGAGAGCCGGCUGCACCACUCGAUCGUGCAGCGGAAACUCACACCGCGGCUGCCCCUGCUCCUGCCGAGGAUGGAGGCGGCCGUCACCAGCGCCUUCGAGAAGAACUUCCCGCAGGGGGAGGAGUGGACUGAGAUCCAGCCCUACAAGGUGCUUAGUGCCGUGUCUUCGCGCCUGAGCGCCGAGGUCAUCGUGGGGCCGUCGUUCUGCGAAAACCCGGAGUGGCUGCAUAUCGCGGUUGAAUACACCGAGAGCUUGUUUCGGACCGUCGUAGCACUGCGGUGUCUCCCUGCCUGGACGCACCCCGUGGUCUCGCGCAUGCUCCCCUCAUACUGGAUGGGCCAGCGGCUCCUCCGUCAGGCGCAAGACCUACUCGGCCCCAAAGUCCAAGAACUGCUCGACAAGAACAACACCGGGACGUGGCAGCCACAGGACGACGACCCGGAGGACCUCAACGUGCUGGCCUGGCUGGCAGCUCUCGCCAAGGGCAGCGAGCGCAACGCCGACACACUCGGCCACGUGCUCGUGCUGGUAGCCCUAGCCAUGGUGCACACGACCCUCCUCCGCAUGGUCAACGUGAUAUACGACGUGACGGCGGCGGGCCCUGCGCUGCGGGACGAGCUCCUCGAAGAAAUCGCCGGGGUGGCCAAGCGCGGGUGGCACGACAACGGCGACCCGUACGAGGCGCUCGACAAGCUGGACAGCGUGCUGCGCGAGUCGCAGCGCAUGUCACCGCCCACCACCAUGGGCAUGAAGCGCUGGUUCAAGGAGGCCUACACCUUCCAGGACGGCACCCACGUGCGCGCCGGCACCUACGCCUGCAUGCCCGUGUAUGCCAUCGAGAACGACCCGGCCAAGCUGCCGGACCCGGAGCGUUUUGAUGGCCUGCGCGCCUACCGCGCCGCUCGCGAGACUAGUGACCCGGAGAAGGCCCGGCUUUUCAAGUUCUCGUCGCCGGCGCCUGACUUUCUCAACUUUGGCUACGGCAAGACUGCCUGCCCUGGGCGUUUUGUUGCCGGCGUCGUGGUCAAGACGGUCAUUGUCAAGGCGUUGACGGACUACGAGUUCAAGUUCCUGCCCGGCACAGAAAGGCCGGGGAAUCUCAUUGCCCAUGAGUUCCUGUUUACCUGGCCCUGGACCAAGAUGUUAGUCCGCAAGAAGCAGAAGGCAACCUGCCCGUUCUGA